CUCACUUUGACUCAGCGACACUUACACAGGACAGGUAGAUCGACAGGUGGCGCGUUUCGGCGGGUAGAGGGUAUUGUAACAUGCACUGAUUAAUUCAUGGUUGUAUCCUAAACGACGGAUGAUACCCGAUAUGUUCCAUCUGCUCAUCAUUAUUCAUCUGACUGUCAUCGGUGCCGCUUCACUAACCCCUGAUUCAAACCUCACUCGAUGUUCCAAUGGAUGCCAGGAACGAUAUGGCGGGUUGACCUGCCAAGCAUGUAUUGGCGAAUGUUAUGGGGAAAGGUGCACACAGCACUGCAGCAACUGUGACAGGGAUGAGUGUCACAGACAUACGGGUGAAUGCUAUAGAUGUAAACCUGGCUACUACGGCAGGGCAUGUGAUACCAGAUGUCCUGGACAUUGCUGGGACACUACAACGAAACAUCAUGCUUUCUGUGACCGACAUACAGGUAGAUGCUCACAAACAUGCACAGAGGGAUAUUACGGCGAGUCAUGUAAACAGGAAUGUCCCGGCCUCUGUUUACAUUCUAUCUGUGACAAGCAAACAGGACACUGUCUCCGAGGUUGUCACCGUGGCUGGAGAGGCUCCCGAUGCAAGAAGAAAUGCCCUACAAACUGUCUGAGAGGCAAAUGUAACACCGAUGGCACAUGCAAGGAUGGCUGUACGCCUGGGUUCCAUGGACUGAUGUGUAACGAGAGAUGUUCCAACUGUUACUCUUCUGGAUGCGACAGACUGUCGGGAAGAUGUGACCAGUGUCGUCCGGGCAACUGUGGGGACAAGUGUGACAAAACAUGCAACAGUGGGUGUUAUACUGAACGGGACGGCUCAACCAAUUGUCACCGCGAUACAGGAACAUGCUCAGGUGGAUGUAAGGAUGGAUGGCAUGGAACACAUUGUAAUCUCACGUGCAGCGCUACAUGUAAAACUGCAUUGUGUUAUCGUGACGGCUCCUGUUACGAAGGCUGCCAAAAUGGCUGGAAAGGGUCAUCCUGCAACGAGAGAAUGUGCUCAUCAAACUGCCUCAACGAUAUCUGCAAAGGCGAUGGAAGAUGUACACAUGGAUGUAAACCCGGUUUCCAUGGUGACACUUGCGAUACGAAGAGGUGUUCAUACCCAGGGUGUUACCAUGUCAACCCGGAUGAUUGUGGUCCGGGUGUUUACGGCGAAACGUGCGAAUUGUCAUGCAGCACCAACUGUAAAGCAGGGCCGGACAAUCUAAAACGUUGCCACAAAGUCACUGGUAGUUGUACGCACGGCUGUCUGGCUGGUUGGCAAGGCGACUACUGUGAUAGAAGCUGCAAAAGACAAAGAAGAAGUCUGGAGGUGGACAAAGACGAAAUACAUUGCUCGGAACAACUGCUUAAAUCAGCGGCUGAUCAGAAGAAAGUGGCUGUGGUACUGUUACCGUUGAUGCUGUCCCUCACACAGCGUCAUCUACUUACCUAGCAGCGCAGUGCCCGACAUCCCCACCGCGUCAGCUUGCUGUUGGGUAACCUCGUGGUCAUGUGGUUGUAUCGAGGCAUCUAAACUGCACUUGGAAGGGUGUGGUUAGACGAUGUCCUUGAGAACACUGCUUGACAUUCACUUCCCAUCAUCAUACAUUACAUCGAAUUAAUACUCA